AUGACUUCCAAUAUCAAGACGGACACCAUGGCUAUAACGCAGAAGGUGUGGCAUGUUAUGAUGGUACGUCGCUGUCCGUCCAUGGUGGUCGUGGUACUCGUGGUGUACACCAGGAAUUUCAUCGCCAGAAGGUAUCCCAACGCUGGUGGUGUUGAACCAAAGAAGGAGCCAAUUGCAAUGGUGUCUAAAAAGGUCAAAAGAGAUGCGAGGGCAGAGCGUUGGUGGGCUGGAUUUGACCAGGGACUAAGCAAUCUUGACGGAGAGAGAGAGCACAUGAGUCCAGCCGACUACAAGCCCCGGAGAGACAUGGGAUGCCUAACACAGAUCCGGAUUAUGCUCUGGAAAAACAUUUGGAUUCAAACCAUUCUGCGUCACCCGUGCCUAACUGCUGUGGAGAUCGUCUUUGCGUUGCUGUUUACGAUCGCGCUUCUAAAAGCUGCCUACUGGCCAGGCACUGGAGGGGCAUCCUACGCUCCUGCAAAGGUUCAUCCGCCUGUGGUUCCCCCUGUGCUUGCGAAAUUGCGGCUCGUGUACGGACCGUCGUCUCCAUAUGCUGCUUUUGUGGUAUCGAAUGCCUUUCCAGAUUUGGAGGAUCCUACACAGAUCCCACCUGACCCGAAGAAGUCACGACCAUUUGUCGAGUGCGGCGAAAUGAGCGAGGUGCAACAGAAUUGCCAAAUGAACGACUAUUGCGUGUUCUUACACUCAGAUGGAUCCAACACGAUCGACCUGAACUACAGUGUCGUGGUUCACGUUGAGAAGACGGAGGACCUCGACGUAUUCAGACAGUCGUACGUCGAACAGGUGUCACCCGCACUUCCAAUGAUCGUCUCUCUUCAGGCGCGGAUUGAACGGGCUCACUUGAAGUGGGUUGAACGAAACGUGGCACCGUCAGCGCUAAGCGACCAGGUCCUAACCAGGCACGUACCUAUGCCAACUGUAGUGGAUUCUCCAAGUGCCUAUUACCGCUUCAGCACGUUCAUUCUUUUGGCGCUGAUUUUCGUGGUGCCCUUCUGCCUGCAAGUCAGCAUUAUAGUUACGGAAACAGGAUCUGGCAUAAAGCCUUCGUACUGGGUGGAAAAGACAGUGACUGUUUCCAAAGCCCCUGCCCAUCGUGCACCUGAACUGGAAGCUGGUUUCGAAGCUGAACCGACCGCGGAGGCUGUCAUCUCAAUCGUAGGACUGCGAAAAAACUUCGGAAGCAAUGUAGCGUUGGACGGCGUCGACAUAAAAUUUUACGCAGGUGAAAUCACUGUCCUGCUUGGCCAUAACGGUGCGGGGAAAACCACCAUGAUUAAUAUAUUGACAGGCAUCUUGUCGCCAACUGAAGGCACGGCCAUUAUCUGUGGUUACGACAUCCUCAAAAACACUACGAAGGCUCGCAAGAACAUCACCCUGUGCCCACAGUUCGACGUCUUUUUUCCUGACUUAACUGUAGAGGAACACCUCACCUUUUUCGGAACGAUGAGAGGUUUAACGCGAACAUCACUGGCGGAAAGAAUGGCCAGCGUCUUGCAAACGGUUAGACUUUCAGCUAAGAUCGGCGACCUCUCGGAUUCGUUAUCGGGAGGGAUGAAAAGAAGACUCAGCAUCGCCAUUGCCAUAGUUUCCAACCCAAAGGUUCUAAUUUUAGACGAGCCAACAUCGGGUAUUGACCCCGAGACGAGACGGGAGCUCUGGGAUUUAUUCUUCAGUCUACGUAAGCAAUGUAGCAUUUUGUUGUCCACUCACGACAUGGAAGAGGCGGACGUAUUGGGUGACCGGAUCGCCAUUAUGGCGGAAGGAAGCGUACACUGCUGGGGAACGCCCAAUUUCUUGAAGAAAGCUUUCGGUACAGGGUAUCAGGUGCACUUGCAAAAAGCGGUCAACUUCAAUAUAGAUGGCGCACUAGCGAUUCUCAGGCGAACUGCACCCAACGCUGAAGUUACAGACGAUGGUUUGACGGAGGUUCAUAUUUCGCUGCAAGUGACCGAUCCAACUGGCUUCGAGACAAUGUUCCAAAUGUUGGAGUCGCAACGAGCGGCAUUGGGGAUUGCGAGCGUCGGGGUUACUGUGUCAACCAUGGAAGAUGUCUACAUCAAGGUAAACCUUGGAAAUAUGGGGAACACGCAGUUCCUGAACGAAGAGCGUAAUGCCGAGGAGGACGUCCAGCGCGUGAGCGUGCGGCCGCAACUCAAGCGAAACGCUUGCCAGCGACUGCGAGGCCUGCUCACGAAACGGUUCAUAUACGCCUUCCGCGUCUAUUCCAUUUUCGCCGUCGGAGUGGUGCUGCCUUUCCUGAUAGUGUGGAAGAUGUUGGACUGGGAACAUACGGUAGGCACCGAUGUGGGCGAAGAAGCCAUCCGCCGAAACCAAGUAAAGAGGACGAUUGUGAGCUUGGACAUGUAUCCCGUUCGGACUGCGGCCUUCCUCGAGCAUGACAAGGACAACGAAGGCUUUGUGAGGACUUAUUACGCACCUUUGCUUCAAGCGGGAGCGUCUCACAUAGAUAUCUUUCGGAACGCUACCGUGGAGUUGAUGAAGUUGGCGGAAGACAACUACUUGAGGUACAUGGCAUCGUACUCGGUCGGCGCCACUGUAGAAACUGAAAGGGGCAAAAAGUUUUCGCGGAUGACAGCCUGGUGGAAUCCUUUCUAUGCUCUCAGCGAGUCGCUGUCUUUGAGCCUUGCCAACACUGCGCUACUUGAUCAGAUGACAGGGAACGUACGGGCCCGCAUGGUGCUUACCGUGGUUCAAGAUUCUAAAAAUUACAGCUAUGGCAACAAUUCCGUCGCACAACAGCAAGACCAGUUGCUGGACUCUUUCGCUGGUGGAGUCAUAAACCAAAUGCUGAGAGCUGUCUUCGUCCCACUUGCGCUGGCCUUCACGGUGGCGGUUACAUCACUGUACGUCGUCAUGGAGCGAAUGAAUAACAGCAUGGCUGUGCAACUCAUGACCGGCACUCAAACCGCCCUGUUAUACUCGUCCAAUCUCAUCUUUGACUCUGUCAGCUUUGCACUGACGUGGUUCCUCAUAGGUGUCCUUUACAUCACGUACUACGAGGUGCUUCUGUCUACGGUAGGUGCUGCUGUGGUUGCGUUCUUUGUCAUUGCUGCAAUGACAAGUAGCCUGUCAUAUUGCAUUUCGCACUUCGUCGAUAGCCAAGGAAAAGGGUUCACCGUGGAGCUGUUGUUGUUUUCAGUUGGAGGUACCAUCAUUCUGGCUUUUGCGGCGUUCAUCUGGAUUGUCGGGCUGAUCUCUUACGCAAUCGCUCAUAGCAGUAGUUGGGUGACAGUCGUCAUCGAGGCAAUGAUGAUCAUGCCCCCAUGCUGCGCUCCCUACACCCUGAUCAGACUACUUCGAAUCGAUUCCCAAAACCAAAUCUGCCACAAGUAUGGCGAUAUUGUUUUCAAAGACUACGCCGAGGCUGGCCUUUCCGACAUAUGCAUAAUUUUUGAAGCUUUUGGAUUGGAUUACUGUUGCGAACAGUACAUGAAAGGAAAGAGGGGCAAUGAAAUCCUCUUAAACCCAUUAGCACUGAGUAAGCAUGGAAUUGGUUACCAGCUGUUCGUGAUGGUCGUAGAAGCUGUGAUCUUCUUUUUCGUCAUCUGCUAUCUCGACUCCCCGACGUCCACUUGGAAUACGGAGAGCGACGGGCUUCCAUCGGCAGACAGCGACGUUGAGCAAGAGCGAAAUCUUGUCCGUUCCAUAUGUGCCAGCAACACCUGGUCGCAGUACACUCUGGUUGUGCGAGGACUGAAAAAAGUCUUCAAUAAUCUCAUCGCUGUGAACGGCAUUUCGUUCACGGUGCGCCCUAAGGAGUGUUUCGGAUUGCUCGGCGUCAACGGGGCGGGGAAGACGACCACGUUUCAGAUGCUCACAGGUCUUCUUCCUCCUACGGCCGGAGAAGGGUACAUGGGUGACACCAUCAUGAGCGGUAAUAUAAGCCUGUGGCAAUCGAAGAUUGGAUAUUGCAUGCAGAGCGGCGGAAUUAUUGGACAGUUGACUGCAUACGAGUCCCUGUACCUGAUGGCUCGUUUAAGAGGUGUACAGGAAAAGGAAAUAAAACCUCUCGUUAACAGCAUGGUCAAGGUCGUAGACCUCACUAUGUAUGCCAGCAGAGUGUCAGACGACUACAGCGGCGGAAACAAGCGGAAGCUAUGCGUAGCGGUGGCCAUGAUUGGACUUCCCCAGCUAGUAUUUCUGGAUGAACCAAGUGCAGGAGUAGAUGUGGUCGCAAGAAGGAAGAUAUUCAACAGCAUCAAAGUUAUUAGAGUCACAUCGGGAGUCUCCAUCAUCCUCACGUCGCACAGCAUGGACGAAUGCGAGGCUGCCUGCGACCGCAUCGCCAUAAUGGUUUCUGGCAGACUUCAUUGCCUGGGGCCACUCCAGCACCUGAAGCAGAAGCUCGGCAAAGGUUACACGCUGACGAUUAAGAUGGCCGUGAAAGACGACAGCUCUCGAGCUCAUUUCGAGGCAACAAUCUCUAACGUCUUUCCUGGCAUCUCGCUCACAGAUUAUCACCAGGGACUGUACGAGUUCCAACUGCAAGAAAUGCUGCCAUGGAGCGAAAUGUUCCGAAGAAUAGCCAUACUGCGAGCACAGUUCCAGUUGGAAAGCUGCUUGGCGUCGGACACAACUCUGGAGAAAAUUUUCAUCAGCCUCGCGAGAAGACAGUUGUACGGACAACAGGUCAUUCCUGUUGCCCCUGCUCCCCAGCAAGCAUACUUUGCAGCUCCGAUGGUUUAUAUGCCUCCGGGAACAUUCAAGACAUGAAUGGG